AUGCCCAACAGUUACCAGAAUGUUCUAGCCUUCAUAUUUGCCAUAGAAGAGAUCAACAAGAAUCCACAAAUUUUAGCCAACAUAUCUCUGGGAUAUGAGUUCCAUAAUUUCCUUUACAGUCACUGGAGGAUGCUGGAGAAUUCUCUCAGUAUGCUCACUGGACAGAAUGAGAUCCCUAAUUACUCCUGUAGGAGAGAGAGCAAGCCUGUAGCAGUGCUAACAGGAACAUUAUGGCCAACUUCUGCUCAAAUCGGAACCCUGCUGGAGCUCUACAAGUUUCCACAGGUUACAUUUGGUUCUUUCGAUCCUAUGCUAAGAUACAGUGGACAAUUUCCUUCGGUCUAUCAGGUAGCCCCCAAGGAUACAUCUCUGGCCCUUGCUAUGGUGUCCUUGAUGCUUCAUUUCAGCUGGACCUGGGUGGGACUGGUCAUUAUGGAAAGUCAGAAAGGUCUUCAGUUUCUCUCAGAUGUGACAGGAGAGAUGGAUAGGAACAAAGUCUGUGUAGCCUUUGUGAAAAUGGUCUCAACUCUUCUUGUGUCCUAUGCCGCAUUUGCAAAGGAACACAUUAUCCUGACCAAGGAAACAUCACAAGUCAAUGUGAUUAUCAUUUACUAUGACACUGAUAUUCUAAAUGAUGUAAACUAUAGUAUAGAGCAAUAUUUACUAACAGGAAAAGUCUGGGUCACAAACUCACAAUGGCAUGCUGACAUGACUGGGAAAAAUUUCAUACUUAAUUCAUUCCAUGGGACUCUCAUUUUUUCAAACCACCAUGAAAAAAUUUUUGGUUUCAAAACCUUUGUCCAAGAAGCCAACCCUUCUAAAUACCCAGACGACUUUUACCUCACUGUGUUUUGGUUCAAUAAUUUUCACUGCUCAUUCUCUGAUUCUGACUGUUCACUAAAGGACUGUACACCUAAUGCCUCUCUGGCAUGGCUGCCUGUGAGUCAUUUUGAUACAGCCAUGACUGACAGGAGUCACAAUGUGCACAAUGCUGUAUAUGCUGUGGCCCAUGCCCUGCAUGAGAUGCUUCUUCAACAAGCACAGUGGCCACCAUUGGGAAACAAAGAAGUGAUGGUGUUUGCCCCCUGGCAGCUGCACCCUUUUCUGAAGAACAUCCAAUUUACCAAUCCUGCUGGAGACCAAGUGAAUUUGGAUGACAGAAGGAAACUGGAUGUAGAGUACAACAUUCUCAACUUUUGGAAUUUUCCAGAAGGCCUUAGAUUUAAGGUCAAAUUGGGAACAUUUACCCCACAUGUUCCACAUGACCAACAGUUGUCCUUAUCUGAUGAUAUCAUCGAGUGGGCUACAGGAAUUAUGGAGACUCCCCGCUCCAUAUGCAGUGAGAGUUGUUAUCCUGGAUUCAGGAAAUCCCCUCAGGAGGGAAAACUUGCCUGUUGUUUUGAUUGCACUCCUUGCCCAGAGAAUGAGAUCACCAAUGACACCGAUAUGGAGCAGUGUAUGAAGUGUCCUGAUGAUCAGUAUGCCACAAUUCAGCAAAACCACUGCCUCCAAAAGUCUGACACUUAUCUGGCUUAUGAAGACCCCAUGGGGAAGGCUAUGGCUAACACUGCCCUGAGUCUCACCAUUCUCACAGCUGCUGUUCUUGGGGUCUUUGUGAAGCACAGAGACACUCCCACUGUCAAGGCCAACAACAGGGCUCUCAGUUACACCCUCCUCAUCUCCCUCACCUUCUGUUUCCUCUGCUCCUUACUCUUCAUUGGCCGGCCCAACACAGCCACCUGUAUCCUCCAACAGACCAUAUUUGGAGUUGUGUUCACUGUGGCUGUUUCCACUGUCUUGGCCAAAACUGUCACUGUGGUGCUGGCCUUUAAGGUCACUGCUCCAGGCAGAAGGAUGAGGCAGUUGCUGGGUUAUGUUGCUGGCUGGAGAGUGAUAUCAGUUCCUGGAUUCCUCUGGUCAGUUAGCAUCACUUCUGUGGCCUCGUGUGGGGACAUGAGGAGAGAUGAAUCCCGGGCAGAGGAUGAUUUUCCUGCUACAACCUAA